GUGCUCCGGAAACCCGGAAGUUUAUAGCAAGAUGUGACAUGUUGGGUUGAAGUUAGCGGCGUUUGUGAGGUCGUAGACUGGAAUUAAGCUACAUAUUCGCAAUAAUCAGUGUUGCUGUGUUGUGUGCAUCACCUUGAGGAUGAGUGGCAGUGAAAAAGGAAAGGACCCUGCAGCCCUGAAGGAGGAGGGGAACACCCUUUUCAAGGCAGGAGACAUGCAGGGAGCUAUUUGCUGUUACACCAAAGCAAUAAAGCUGAGUGACAGCCAGGCAGAAAGUGCUGUCCUGUACCGCAACCGCUCUGCCUGCUACCUGAAACUGGAGGACUACAGCAAGGCAGAGACUGAUGCCUCUAAAGCACUCGACACUGAUCCGGGUGACGUGAAAGCCAGGUUUCGGAGGGCACAGGCUUUUCAGAAACUUGGUCGGCUUGACCAGGCGUUUCUGGAUGCUCAGAGGUGUGCCCAGCUGGAGCCCAAAAACAAAGCAUUUCAGGACCUGCUCAGACAGCUAGGAGCACAGAUCCAGCAAAAGUCAGCACAACUAAACUCCACAGAUGCUCGUGUUCAGCAAAUGUUUUCUCUCCUCUUGGAUGCAUCUGCUAAAGACUCAGAUCGGCAAAAGGCUGCUCAGAAUCUAGUGGUGUUAUCUCGAGAUGAGGCAGGAGCUGAACAGAUCUUCCGUAAUGAUGGAGUGAAAUUAAUUCAGAAGCUUCUUCAGUCAAAGCUCGAGGAUGUUAUCCUUUCUGCACUCAGGACAUUAGUUGGGCUGUGCACAGGACAUCAAUCCAGAACUAUGGCUAUAGUGAAUGAGUUGGGAAUGGAGCAGCUGUGUGCAGUAAUGGGAUCAGGAGCCCCCACUGUGUCUUUGGCUGCCUGCCACCUGCUGCAGGUGAUGUUUGAGGCUCUGACAGAGGGCAUGAAAAAAGAGAUCAGAGGAAAAGAUGAAGCUAUACUUCCUGAACCAUCCAAGGAGCUACGCUCGAUGCUACACCACCUCUUGGAAAUGUUGCCAGCGUCUAAUGUGUCGGGGCCCGGCAGAGACAGCGCCAUCAAUCUCCUGGUCAAACAAGUACCACGCAAGUCCUUGAAAAACCCUGACAACUCCCUCACAUUAUGGGUGACAGACCAGGGGCUGAAAAAGAUCCUGCAGGUGGCUGGGACUGUUCCUGAGCUUUCAGAAGGACCACCUCUUACAGACAACACUCACAUGAGCUGCUCUGUCUUGUUGAGCAAACUGUACGAUGACCUGAAGAGUGACAAAGAGAGGGAGAACUUCAACAAACUAUGUGAAGAAUAUGUUCAGCAACACUUUAGCCGUUCUGGACUAGACGCCAAGCUGCGAGCCAUCCAGACGGUAUCGGUGCUCCUCCAAGGGCCGAGUGACGUGGGUAACAGAACUCUGGAAAUGUCAGGAAUGAUGGAUGCAGUGAUCUCUCUGUGUGCCUCCGAAGAUGUAACUCACCAGCAAGUAGCGGUGGAGGCUCUUAUCCACGCUGCAGGCAAAGCCAAGAGAGCCUCUUUCAUCACAGCCAACGGCGUGGCCCUCCUUAAGGACCUCUACAAGAAGAGUGAGAAUGACAGGAUACGCGUGAGAGCCCUAGUGGGUUUGUGCAAGCUUGGAUCAGCAGGAGGGACAGAUUUCAGCAUGAAGCAGUUUGCAGAGGGAUCGACGCUGAAGCUCGCCAAACAAUGCAGAAAGUGGCUGUGUAAUGAAUCCCUGCCCCCAACAUCCCGCCGCUGGUCUGUGGAAGGUCUUGCCUACCUCACCUUUGACGCUGACGUGAAGGAAGACUUAGUGGAAGACAAGAAUGCUCUCCUGGCCAUGUUUGACCUGGCAAAGUCUGAAGAUAAGACCGUACUCUUUGCUGUGGGCUCGACAUUAGUGAAUUGCACCAACAGCUACGAUGUGGAGAAGCCAGACCCUCAAAUGGUGGAGCUGGCCAAAUAUGCAAAGCAGCAUGUACCUGAGGAGCAUCCCAAGGAUGCACGUUCUUAUGUGGAGAAAAGGCUGCUGAAGCUCCUGGAGGCUGGUGUGGUGUCUGCAUUGGUGUGUAUGGUCAAACAGGAGAGCCCUGCCCUCACUGAGGCUUGUAAGGAAUGCAUCGGCAGGGUGUUCUUGGCUUUGGUGGAACGACAGGAAGACAGAGGCACAGUGGUGGCACAGGGUGGAGGAAAGGCUCUGAUCCCCCUUGCGUCCGAUAACACAGAUGUAGGAAAAAUCAAAGCUGCACAGGCGCUGGCAAAAAUAACCAUCACAUCCAACCCUGAGAUUGCAUUUCCAGGAGAAAGGAUCUAUGAGGUGGUGCGCCCUCUUGUCAGCCUCCUGAGUCUUGAGUGCACCCUGCUGCAGAACUUCGAGGCACUAAUGGCUCUCACUAACCUGGCAGGCAUCAGUGAAAGACUCAGACAAAAGAUCAUAAAGGAGAAAGCUGUGCCAAAAGUUGAAGGCUACAUGUUUGAGGAGCACGAACUGGUCCGAGCUUCUGCCACAGAGUGCAUGUGUAAUUUGGUUUUAAGCACAGAGGUGCAGAAGCUGUUCCUGGCCACAGGGAAUGAUCGCCUGAAGCUGAUCGUGCUUUACAGCGGAGAGGAGGAUGAAAGGCUACGGAAAGCUGCCGCAGGAACUCUGGCCAUGCUGACCGCUGAACAGCCGGAGCUCUGCAGCCGCAUCCCUGGAACUACAACACACUGGCUAGAGAUUGUGCAGGCUCUGCUGCUCAGUGAAAUGUCCGACCUGCGUCAUCGCGGAGUGGUCAUAGUUCACAACAUGAUGCAGGCGGAUAGGAGUCUGGCUGAGACGCUCAUGGAGAGUGAAGCUCUGGAGAUUCUGUCGGUGAUGGCGAAGGGAGGAGAAGGAACAUCAGAUCCUGUCUCCAAGAUAGCUCAGAACUGUUUGGAUAAAGCUGUGGCGUACGGCAUCAUCAAAAGCAGACAAGAAAAGGACACAAACAAAGGAACUGAACCCUGAAAACACUGCAGCAGUGUGUCGAUGUGCCUUCUGGCCUUGUUUGAAUACUAGCAGAAUUAUGUUGGACCAGCGAAGUCAUUUCAUGGAUCUCUGAAAUGUUCUUGUGUCUUAAAAACCUGUGAAAAGCAGAGAGCGAUUUUAAUGAAGAAAGAUGUUAAAUGAUAAGCAGCAAAGUAUUUUGUCACCAAUGAGCUGCUGUUUCACAUCAAGUUAUCUUAAUUAUACUGUAUUUUCAUGUACUUCUCUCGAAAGUGAAUAUUCCGCUUGGAGACCAAUAAGGCUUAUCUAUACAUUCUUUAUUAUAGAUGGCCAUUCCUUGACAUGUGCAAGUAUUUUAUUUGUCUCAUCGUCAUUCCCACGUUUUACUUUUUAAUUUUACACACUACUUUCCCCUUUAUUUAAUAUCCAACAAAAGCAUUUCAUUCACAUCAUUUUGUGAUUUUGGUUUUAAUGUUUGUCAACACUGCUGUUAUUGAUGCUUCACUACAUUCCCAGUGUGUUACAUGUAUGGUUUGUUGUUUUUAUAAUUCUGACUGAGCACAUGGACAUUAAAACAAAAAUAGAACUUGAGCGCA